AUCUGUGGUAAUCACAACACCCCUUCUCUUUACUCUUGUAUUCUUAUCUUGCUAAUUGUUCACCAAGCAUUUUUUCAUUAAGUCCCAAUUCAUAAGAAACACAUGGCCGAGGCUUUGCUCCUCCUUACAGCCAAUGGAAUCCUGAAAGGGUUGCUCUCCCUAGCAACCAAUCAGAUUAACCUGGCAUGGGGUUUCAAGAAAGACCUCAGAAAACUCUGCAAAAGGCUAGAAAUCAUUCAGGCUUUGUUACUUGACGCUGAGAACCGGAAAAUAACAUCACAUACUAUGAUGACGUGGCUAAAACAACUCAAGGAUGCAAUAUGCGAAGCUGAGAAAGUGCUGGAUGAAUUGGCCUAUGAAGGUCUUCGAAGAAAGAUAGAGGCACAUAACCGGAAGAGGAACAAGGGCUUUUCACCCACUGGCCCGUUCUUUCCGUUCUUUUAACCUGUUCCCGCAUAACUGAACUCAACUCAAUCACUGAUCUCUCUCUCUCCCUCUCUGAUCCCUUUCCCCAACAGCUCACCCACCACCCUCUCCAGAGUCUCCACCACGGCCUUCCCCAGCCCCAUCCCCAUGAAUGUAAAUGCUCCUCGAUUGUGUAAUUCAGCCUCGGCUCCCACUGCGCGACAUCGUCGACGACGGGUAGGUGGACCCACGCCUCCUCAAAGACAUCAAAUUCGUUGUCCAUCGCUCUGAUUCUGAGCUCCGCCUCGCAGCCCAAACCCUUAUGAUCUUAUUCCUAAGCUUUGAAGCUUGGAUUUCCUCGUCGAUUACAGUAUUUUGUUUUCAGGAGAUUAUUAAUGCUCUGCUUUUACAUUCUCGGAUAUGUGCCGAAAACAGCUUAAAAUAUCCGGGGGGGUAAAAAAAAAAAAAACCCUUUUGGAAAAGUCCAUUUGAAAA